UGGUAGCUCUGCACCAGGAUUUCCUCCUCUGAGGUCGUCGAAACAACAAACCGAACUACGGAGCAGCGAGGCGGCAGACCGUCCGAAACCGCCUCUGACCGCGACUUUUAAACUCUUUUUGGUGAUUUUAGCGGGAUUUGAAGCAAGAUUGGAAAAGACAAUUAUAAGUUAGGACUCUACCACUGCUGUAUUUUUCAACAAGUUUUACAUCUCAAGUCGCAUGCAACGGGCCCAGUUGUGUAUAUACUGAAAAUCGCAAAUCAGUCAUAAGUUGAAGUUAUCCAGAAGAUGUUACAGAAAUGAUAGCGGCACCAGAAAUACCGCCAGAGUUCGCCUAUCCUCAGGACACAGACACACGAUUCUCCUCAGACACAGACUUCUCAGAGGAUAUCGAUGGAAGAAGUACAAGCUCCAAAGGAAAGGGGGGUAAGAAGGGCAAGAAGGCAGCAGGGGAGAAAGGCAAAGGAGGAAAGGGGGCGGGCCGACUGAACGGGCACCACCAGGAGAAUGGCAUGGAAAAUGUCAUGCUGUUUGAGGUGGUGCGGCUGGGCAGGAGUGCAAUGCAGUGCGUUGUAGAUGACUGGAUAGAGUCUUAUAAGCAUGACAGAGAUGUUGCACUAUUAGACCUCAUAAAUUUCUUCAUCCAGUGCUCAGGAUGCAAAGGUGUUGUCACCGGAGAAAUGUUCCGUAACAUGCAGAACUCAGAGAUCAUUCGACGAAUGACAGAGGAGUUUGACGAGGACAGCGGUGACUACCCUCUAACUAUAGCAGGGCCUCAGUGGAAAAAAUUUAAAUCCAGUUUUUGUGAAUUUAUUUCGGUGCUGGUUCGUCAAUGUCAAUAUAGUAUCAUCUAUGAUGAGUACAUGAUGGACACAGUCAUCUCUCUCCUCACCGGACUAUCAGACUCCCAAGUCAGAGCCUUCAGACACACCUCAACACUGGCAGCGAUGAAGCUGAUGACGGCCCUGGUGAAUGUAGCUCUCAAUCUGAGCAUCAACAUGGACAACACGCAGCGGCAGUACGAGGCCGAGAGGAACAAGAUGGUGGCCAAACGGGCCAACGACCGACUGGAGCUGCUCCUACAGAAACGCAAAGAGCUCCAAGAAAAUCAGGACGAGAUUGAAAACAUGAUGAAUGCCAUUUUCAAAGGAGUGUUUGUCCACAGAUAUCGUGACGCCAUCGCAGAAAUUAGGGCGAUCUGUAUAGAAGAGAUCGGCGUCUGGAUGAAGCUCUACAGCGAUGCCUUUCUCAAUGACAGCUAUUUGAAGUAUGUGGGCUGGACAAUGCACGAUAAGCAAGGAGAGGUACGUCUGAAGUGUCUGACAGCUCUGCAGGGACUCUACUACAACAGAGAACUCAAUGCAAGACUAGAGCUGUUCACCAGUCGCUUUAAGGAUCGGAUCGUUUCCAUGACUCUAGAUAAAGAGUAUGAUGUUGCGGUGCAGGCAAUUAAACUUCUCACCCUCGUUUUGAAUAGCACAGAGGAAGUGCUGACCCCAGAGGACUGCGAGAGCGUCUAUCAUUUGGUUUACUCGGCUCACAGGCCGGUGGCUGUCGCAGCAGGGGAAUUCCUCUAUAAGAAAUUAUUCAGUCAGCGAGAGCCAGAGGAGGAGGGCGCCCCCAAGAGGAGAGGAAGACAAAGCCCAAAUGCCAAUCUUAUAAAAACUACAGUCUUCUUCUUCCUGGAGAGUGAGCUCCAUGAACACGCGGCCUACCUGGUUGACUCCCUGUGGGAAUGUGGGCCCGAGCUGCUGAAGGACUGGGAGUGUAUGAUCAGUUUAUUGAUAGACGAUCCGUUGCCGGGGGAGGAGCCUCUCAACGACCGACAAGAAACGGCACUGAUCGAAAUUAUGCUGUGCACCGUAAGGCAAGCUGCGGAAUGCCACCCGCCAGUCGGACGAGGCUCGGGAAAGAGGGUAAUGACAGCAAAGGAGAAAAAGACACAGCUAGACGACAGAACUAGAAUGACAGAGUUGUUUGCUGUGGCAUUGCCCCCUCUAUUGGCCAAGUAUGCUGUAGACGCUGAGAAAGUCACAAACUUGUUGCAGUUGCCUCAGUUUUUCGACUUGGAAAUCUACACCACGGGGCGUCUGGAGAAGCACCUGGAGUCUCUUCUGCGUCAGAUCAAGGAGAUCGUGGAGAAGCACACAGACACUGAAGUGUUGGAGACCUGCUCCAAGACGUUCCACGCACUCUGCAAUGAAGAGUUCACCAUCUUUAACCGAGUCGACAUCGCUCGCUCCCAGCUGCUCGACGAACUGGUCGACAAGUUCAACAGGCUACUGGAGGACUUCCUACAGGAGGGUGAAGACGCCGACGAGGACGACGCGUAUCAGGUUUUGUCGACUUUAAAGAGAAUCACAGCAUUUCACAACGCACAUGACUUAUCUGGCUGGGACCUUUUUACCAGUAAUUUCAAACUCCUAAACACAGGCAUAGAGAAUGGAGACAUGCCAGAGCAGAUCGUCAUCCAUUCACUCCAGUGCACCCACUAUGUCAUUUUGUGGAACCUGGCGAAAUCGUCUGAGGGCAGUGCCAGAAAGGACGACCUUGUGACCUUGAGGAAGCAGAUGAGGGCGUUCUGUAUGAUGUGCCAGCGCUACCUCACCAACGUCAACACAGCCGUCAAAGAACAGGCCUUCACCAUCUUGUGCGACCUACUGCUAAUCUUCAGUCAUCAGAUGGUGUCGGGGGGCCGGGAGCACCUGGAGCCUCUGGUGUACUCCCCCGAGGACUCGCUCCAGUCUGAACUCCUCUCCUUCAUCCUCAACCAUGUCUUCAUCGACCAGGAAGACGACUCCAACAGCACAGAUGGUCAGCAGGACGAUGAGGCGGUGAAGAUUGAAGCUCUGCACAAGAGGAGAAACCUUCUGGCCGCGUACUGCAAACUCAUCAUUUACUGUGUGGUGGAGAUGAGGACUGGGGCGGACAUCUUUAAACAGUACAUGAGGUAUUACAACGAUUACGGCGACAUCAUCAAAGAAACCAUGAGUAAGACCAGACAAAUCGACAAGAUCCAGUGUGCCAAGACCCUCAUCCUGAGUCUGCAGCAGCUGUUUAACGAGAUGCUGUCUGAGCUGGGUCACGGGUUCGAUCGCUCGUCGUCGGCGUUCUGUGGCAUAAAGGAGUUGGCGCGUCGCUUCUCUCUCACCUUCGGUCUGGACCAGGUCAAAACCAGAGACGCCAUCGCUAUGCUUCACAAAGACGGAAUAGAGUUUGCUUUCAAAGAGCCCAGUCCUCAGGGAGAAGGGGGCCCUCCUCUGAACCUGGCGUUUUUGGACAUUCUCUGUGAGUUCUCCUCCAAACUCAUGAGACAAGACAAGAGGACUGUGCACAUGUACUUGGAGCGAUUCAUGACGUUCCAGAUGGCACUGCAGCGCGAGGACUGCUGGCUACCGCUCAUCUCGUACAGAAACUCCCUACAGGCAGGGGGCGAUGACGACACCAUGUCUGUGAUGAGCGGCUGCUCCAGCAGGGGCUCAUCGAUGCGCUCCAAAAAAAACAAGCCUCCCGUGGUUACGGCUGGACCCUCUGUCGCCAAACGGAAACUACCAGAAGAGGAGAGCAGCAGCAGUGACAUGUGGCAGCAGAGCAUGCAGACUCCGGUGAUGAUGCCAUCGCCCCACCUCACCUCCACCGCCAUGAGAGACCCCAAGAGGGCGAGAGAGGACAGCUACAUGGGCGUGUACCCCAUGGCCCACGAGCAGACACCCCAUCACCCACCACACCAUCAACCCACGCCCCAGCACCACCCUCCGCCCAUGGACUACAAUUCACAGGUGACGUGGAUGUUGGCCCAGAGGCAGCAAGAAGAAGCACGGCAGCAGCAGGAACGAGCCAUGAACUACGCCAAGCUGAGGUCCAAUCUCCAGCACGCUAUUCGUCGAGGCACUAGUCUGAUGGAGGAGGACGAGGAGCCAAUCGUGGAGGACGUGAUGAUGUCAUCGGAGGGCCGCAUGGAUGACAUCAACGAAGGCAUGGACUUCGACACCAUGGACAUCGAUCUGCCUCCGUCUAAGAACCGACGCGAGAGAUCCGAGCUCAAGCCAGAUUAUUUCGACCCCGCCUCCAUCAUGGACGAAUCGGUCCUCGGGGUGUCCAUGUUUUAAGCUAAUAUCCAGAUGAUUUUGACGCUGGAGAAGACAGAAGAGGCGCUUUGUAUUUAAAGAGAAUUUUAGACCGAAGUGUUUUCUGUUUAAAAAGAAAAAAAAAUUCUAAAAAUCCAAAAAAAAAAAAAAAGUAAAUCUGGCUUGUACUCCACGUGGACCAAUGACGACCCACACUCAGUGUUGCUUGCUCAGAGAGGACUUUGUUUCAAAUAUUUACUUUUUAUAAUCUUGGGUAAGCUCUUCCUGUUUGAGAAUAAUAGUGUAACAGGCCACUUCCAAAAACUUAUUUAGAAACGUGUCUGAAAUAUCCAUAGCUUUUUUUGUUCCUUCCAGAUUUUUUAAUGGGGAUGGUGUGUUUUAACUUAAGAAACCUUUUGUUUUAUGUCUAACCCUUUUUACAAUUGUAGUAAGUUACCAGGUGUGAAGUAGUAAUUUAUAAACAGACUAGUAGCUUGCUUGUAUACUGUGUUAGCCAAGUGGAUGGAGGUCUUCAGUUUCUGUGCUCCCCCUUCGCUCCUCCCGAUCUCUCACUUAAGUCCCGUGCUGUUGGGUCUUUGUCAAAGUCUCCCAAAAACCACUGUUGAUUUUGAAAGUACUUCCACUUUUUAUGCUGUGAAGCUAGAGUCCUUUUAAGACAGAACUCAGUCACUUCAGCUUCGAUCAGCCGACAUUUCAGAGUAAAGCGUCAUUUUGAACACGGAGGAGUCGUCCCGUCGAGCGCCGUGUAGGGACUGGACUGUACAAUCGGAUCACGCUCGGAAUUACGUGAACUUAAAACAUAAUUAACAUCUUAAACGCCUUUAUAAAGAAACAAAAAUAGUGAUUACAUCGGAAUAGUCACAUUUUUGGGUUGGCCGUUCACUUUUUCUCCAGACUUGAUGCCAUUGGGUCGGCAGCACUCAUUCUUGAAAGUUUAGUUUUUUUAACAGAGGCCGGACACUUAAAUCAUCCCAAAAUGCGAACUUUAACUACCACAGAAGCCGUUUUAUAUAAAAGUUACUGAGUUCUGUUUUAAAUCUUAAUAUUUUUAAAACUUUACCCCCAGAUUUGGACCACUACAGACUUGCCUUCGUACAAUUGGCGUCUCACAAGGUCCAGCAGCAUCAUGUUGAAUGGGUAUCUCUACAUUUUAAAUAAAGUUAUAUAUGGAUCGGUGCUGAAUUUAUAAAUGUUCUUUUUGUUUAUGUUUCAACUUUUCAACUUGAGUCACACAGUUUGAGUAACUAAAACAUGAAGCAUGAGGUAAUAGCCAUGCGACAAGGAAGAUUUUUAAAUUUGUAUUUUAAUGUUUUUUUGUUCUUUUUCGGUCUUGAUAAUGUCUUCGGAUUUGUACCUUUUUUCCUACAUGUAAAUUAGUUUGGAUAUCUAAUGAAGCGACUUGUGAAAAUCAGCUUUAAACCCGUUUCUUCUGUCACAAAUAUCUUAGAUCUAAAAUAUAACAUGACAAAAGGUAGUCACUCAGACAAUACUGAAGAUGUAAGAGUUGUUCAUUACCGCAGUGGCAGCUAGACGAGGCGUAGAUUUUGACAUAUAAUGAACUGUUUUGUCUACUGACGUUUCUUUUGUAGUCAUUCCAUGCUUAAGCCUUAAACAUGCUCGCGGAAGUCACCGAUCUCACGUAACCUCCCGUGUCUGAGGCCCUCGUGUUUUAGGCCGUUUCAAAAUUUGGCUUUUUUUUCUUUUUUCUUUUAGAAUAUGAAUAGGUUGCGUUCAUGUCAUUCGAGAAUCUGGUGCGAUUUAAAAUGGAGGGCAGGGGUCUGGGGUGAGAAGUUCCACAUGGGCCCCCUCCGAUAUAAAUGAAAAGUAAGAGGGUCCCGGGACAACAGACCCCUUUGCCCCCCUCCAGUCUACGCCCCUGCUUAUUUAACACUAUGGGGAGUUUUAAUUUUAAGAACCAACCCAAAAUUUCACAUGUAGAAUUUUAUAAUGUUUUUGGUAGGAAUUAGAUCCACAAACUCUAGUCAAGUCUGAACAAAGUGGAAUUUUUUAAACUCUCAAACCUUCUAUUUUAAUCUAGAUAAAUGUAAUAAAUUCACAAAUAUUAAUCAUAAACCAGGUCAAAACAUGUUCAUUUUAAAAGCCAAAUUCUCCCGUAGAUCCUGACCUCCACUUCAGUUUAUAAAGUUGCGAUGUGACGUGAACCCAACCUAUGGAGCCGGUCAGAUAUAACGUGCGAGAACAGCUUAUGUGUUUGCAUAAUUUUAUGUAAGUAAAAUGAAAUUCUUUAAAAGGACAAAAGUACUGUUUGUUUGUUACUUACCACUACAUUGGUAUAAAUUCUUAUUAGAUCAUGUGUAUAUAUACAAAUUUUAAUUUCAUUUUUUUUGCCAUCUCUGUGUCCUGCACUCUUUGCCUACACUCUAUAAGUUUAUGUCUAUAUCCCACCCUCUUUCAGUCACUGUUUCUUCUGCUUUGUACUCGUCUGGAGACAGUAACUUUUGAAUAAAAAUCAACACAUUUCAUUUGGUAGUU